CCCUCCCCCGUUCCUCGUCACCCACCCCCCCGGGCCGCGGCCGCCUCCCCGAGGGCGGCGGGAGGAAGGCCGGGGCGUGGGGCUCCGGCGCGCGGGCGGCGCCCAGGGCGACCCCAAGAUGGCUGGAGGCGGCGGCGGCGGGGGCAGGCUCGGGGGGCUGUGCUGAGCGGCCCCGCCGGGACGGGACGGCUCGGCUCGGCCCCGCAGCCGCAGCCCCUCCGCAGAGCCCCGCCGCGCGGGCGGGGGAGGCGGCGGGAGCGGUUUUGUUCCGGUGACUUUUUUUUUUAAUACCUUUUUUAAUUUUAUUUUAUUUUUUAAUUUAUUUUAUUUUUAACGCGUCUCCGGUCUCCAGCAGGGCAGCUCAAAAUGGCUGAGAGCUGACUCGGCUCUCCCGGAACCGCACGCUUCGGUCGGCUCCUCCCGGCUGCCGCCGCCGCCUCGCCCCUUCCCGGCGGGCCCGGAGCGGGGAGCGACCCGGAGGCUGCUCGGGCACCUCCGCCGCCCCCGGCUCCAUCGCAUUGUUGCCGUCGGGGGGGGGCUGCGUCCCCCCGGCCGGCCAUGAGACCGGGCUAGGUCGGACCCCCCCGCCCCGGACGCGCCGUUUUUCCCCCAGCCCCCGGUGGGAAGUCAGAGCAGGUUGAUUUGGGGUCCGCGGGGUUCAGAGCUCCCCCUCGGCAAAGCCCAUCCUCUCUCCCAUCCCUCUCCGGGAGCGUUGGACGAGGCUGGGAGGGCUGCGCUACGCUGGGGUUUGCUCUGAAUGACCGAGCUCUCCCAUUCAAGACCUCGCAAUCUCGAAGCAGACGAGAGGGGGUUUUUUCCCCUUUUUUUUUUUUUUUUUUCCUACCCCCCCCUCCCCGUCUCGGCUUCACCCCCCUUUCCUUUUUUUCUCUGCUGCUUCACCGCAUUAGAAGCAAAUCUCGGGGGCCACGGAGAGAAUUCGGUUUUUCGCCAUCGUCAUCGUCGCUAUUAUUAUUAUAUAUAUAUUUUUUUUUAAUCUUCCUCCUUUUCCCAUUUUGGAUCUUAACCCUUUGAUCUGUUUCCUUUAAAAGACUGAUUCCCAACUCCCAUCAGGGGGAGAGGGAGGAGAAAUACAGGGAAGAUAAAAAAAAAAAAAAAAAAAAAAAAAAACAACAAACCCGAGCGAGUCGGUGCUCUCAGCUGUUAGCCGGGCUUGUGGGGGACAAAAGUCCCUUUAAAAUAUUGAAUGUCAGUUGCAAACCUAAGAAAGGAAAAAUCUGAUCCGGAGCGCUAAAUUUAGGAGCUUUAUAUGGAACUUGGACUCUGCUGCUGGAUUUUGUAUGGAUUUUUUUCAACCUUUGGUAAGUUUCGAUUCACCUUCUGGGGUAAAAAGAAAAAGGGCUCCUGGGGGUGGCGGGGGCUGCGCGCCCUGCGGUGUCGCGUCGGGUGGUUUAACCGUUCGCGUCGCUUUUUUAAAGACAACCCCGGGGCCACCGGGGUUUCUGGCUGGCGAUUCCUCGAGUGCUGCGCCGUGCCCGAUUCUGUCCCCCGGUUUGGAACCCGCUGCCGUUUUUGUUGCGUCGUGCGGGGCGGGGGAGCCCGGCCGCUCACCCCCCGCUUUGCCGUUCCAGGGCGGACAGACCCCGGCGCCCGCCCCUAGACCGCACUGAGCGACCGAGCCGAGCCGGGGGGGGGGGAAGCGUCGCCAGCGGCUGCCGGCAGAGAUGGCCGAGAAUUGGAAGAACUGCUUCGAAGAGGAGCUCAUCUGCCCCAUUUGCCUGCACGUCUUCGUGGAGCCGGUCCAGCUGCCCUGCAAGCACAACUUCUGCCGGGGCUGCAUCGGGGAGGCGUGGGCCAAGGAGUCGGGCUUGGUGCGGUGCCCAGAGUGCAACCAGGCCUACAACCAGAAGCCCAACCUGGAGAAGAACCUGAAGCUCACCAACAUCGUGGAGAAGUUCAACUCCCUUAACUUGGAGAAGCCCCCCUCCGUCUUGCACUGCGUCUUUUGCCGCCGGGGCCCACCGCUGCCGGCCCAGAAGAUCUGUUUGAGGUGCGAGGCCCCGUGUUGCCAGUCCCAUGUGCAGACCCACCUGCAGCAGCCCUCCACCGCCCGCGGCCAUCUCCUGGUGGAGGCGGACGACGUGCGGGCCUGGAGCUGCCCCCAGCACAACGCCUACCGCCUGUACCACUGCGAGGCCGAGCAGGUGGCCGUCUGCCAGUUCUGCUGCUACUACAGCGGGGCCCACCAGGGACACUCGGUCUGCGACGUGGAGAUUCGCCGCAAUGAGAUCAGGAAGAUGCUGAUGAAGCAGCAGGACCGCCUGGAGGAGCGGGAGCAAGACAUCGAAGAGCAGCUCUACAAGCUGGAAUCAGACAAGCGGCUGGUGGAGGAGAAGGUGAGCCAGCUGAAGGACGAGGUGCGCCUGCAGUAUGAGAAGAUGCACCAGAUCUUGGAUGAGGACUUGCGGAAGACCAUGGAGAUCCUGGACAAGGCCCAGGCCAAGUUCUGCAAUGAGAACGCUGCCCAGGUCCUCCACCUCAACGAGCGCAUGCAGGAGGCCAAGAAGCUCCUCAGCUCUGUCCAGGUCAUGUUCGACAAAACCGAGGACAUCAACUUCAUGAAGAACACCAAGUCUGUGAAAAUCUUAAUGGACAGGACCCAGAACUGUACAGGUGGCAGCCUGCCCCCACCAAAAAUCGGCCACCUCAACUCCAAGCUCUUCCUGAAUGAGAUCGCCAAGAAGGAGAAGCAGCUCAGGAAGUUGCUGGAAGGUCCUCUGAGCACCCCUGUCCCCUUCCUGCAGAGCAUCCCCAUGUACCCCUGCACCGUCAGCAACUCCGGCGCGGAGAAGCGCAAGCACUCCACCGCCUUCCCCGAGGGCAGCUUCCUCGAGCCAUCGUCCGGGACUGUGGCGAGCCAGUACAUGAGCCAGGGCGCUUCGGCUGGCGAGGGGCAGUCUGCACAAGCCAUGGUGCCUUGUAGCUCCACGCAGCACAUAGUUGGACUUCCCAGCGGCCCGCAGCCGGUGCAUUCGGGCUCCGUCUUCAACCCAUCUCACUACCCCAACACCACGUCAUCUCAGCAGUCUGUGCUCUCCCAGUACGGCGGGCGCAAAAUCCUUGUCUGCUCUGUGGAUAACUGUUACUGUUCCUCCGUGUCCAACCACAGUGGGCACCAGCCCUACCCACGGUCAGGGCACUUCCCCUGGACGGUCUCCUCGCAGGAGUACUCCCACCCGCUGCCGCCCGCCCCCGCUGUCCCCCAGUCGCUCCCGGGACUUGCCGUGAGGGAAUGGAUUGACGCAUCCCAGCAGCACGGGCGGCAGGAUUUCUAUAGGGUCUACGGCCAGCCAUCGGCGAAACACUACGUCACCAGUUAACCGUCACACUCUCCGGAGAGUCCCGCUCAAUGACACGUUCGGAGAGAAAAGUCUGGUUUGGUUUGGCUUUUCUUUUUUUUUUUUUCUUUUUUUUUUAUUUUCCUUUUAAAUCAAACCCGAUUUUUUUCCCCACCUCAUGCCCCUCCAGGAUUUUGGGGAGGGUUGUUCUCUCAUCUCCCUCUCUUUCCUUUUUUUUUUUUUUUAAAUCCUUUUAAAACAAAAUCAUAAUUUUUUUUCUUUUAAUUACUUUUUUAAUUUAAUUUUGGAAAGUCCUUCCUGCCCCUCGCUGGGAAAAGACGAGGGAGAAAUUACCGAGAAGAAAUUGAUGGGGAUUUCACUCGGGCGUCUGGGUCUGUGCGUCGCAUUCUUCCUCGCUUCUCUCUGCCUUUGGAAAACUUCAGAAGGGACAAUGGCACCUUCUCUCUUUCCGUUUCUCAGAGUUCAUUAUUUCUGGUUUGGUUCAGUUUUUUCCCCUCUUCCCCACCCCCUCUUUUUCCCUUUUUAAAAAGAAAAAAAGAAAAAAAAUCUAUCAUUGAUUCAGUAUGAAAUUAUACUUGUAGAUUUUGGGUUUGUUACCUUUUUUUUUUUUUAAAGGUUGAUUAUUUUUUUUUUGUGUUACGAGGCCACUUCUCAUGCAUAUUGGCAUUUUUUUUCUUUUCAGAGAUUUGUAAAUACACAAUGGCAGGAAAUUUAAUGCACAAAAAAAGGGAAAAGAAACUUAAAAAAAAAAAAAACACGAAUAAAUAAAUAAAUAAAUAAAUAAAUAAAAAUCUGUUCUAGUUUUCAGGAGGGGAAGCGUGGCUGAAAUGCACCCCCCUCCUGCGUAUCGCUGAUGCAACUUCCUGUAACAAGCACUUUGUAUAAAAAAAAGUGGACUUCCUGCUAUAAGGCACAGGUAUUUAUUCUGUAACCGAUUUUAGAACACACACACACAAAAAAAGUAUCCAAAUAAAUGUGAUCACUUAGUGCAAA